AUGGAUUUGAACCAGACAGACGUGGUGGACCUCUCCCACCCGCUCUCCCCUCUGACCAACUGUACCUUCAACACCAGCUACCGCUUCACCUUCUACCAGGUGUCCUACAGCGUCAUCCUUCUCCUGGGGCUGGCCACCAACGGGCUGGCCCUGUGCAGACUGUGGCUCUCCCCCCGCACCCUCACCAGCACUGCCGUCUACAUGGCCAACCUAUCUGCUGCAGACCUGUUCUUUGUGGUGUCCCUGCCCCUGAGGAUCUACUACCACCACAAGGCCCAGGCCCACUCCCAGGCUCUGCCCACCUCCUGGACCCCUGGAGGGAUGUUCUAUCAGCUGACCUUCACCCUCAAGUAUCAGUCUGUAUGGAGGGAUCUUCUUCCUGGUCUGCAUCGCAGUGGACCGUUGUGUUGCCAUAGUGCAUCCUCUGGUGGCACCUCCUCGCAGGCUGUGUGCAGCGCGGCUGCUGAGUGGAGGGAUCUGGGUGGUGGUGCUGGGGCUUAGUGUGUCCCUACCACUGCUGCGGCCCACCGCCACCAGCCCUGUCUUCUAGACCUGUCGUCCCAGCGCCAGCGCUCCUUCAUCCUCGUGGCUCUGGGUCUGGUGCAGGGUGCCCUACUGCUGCUCUUCAGCUACUGCAGCGUGCUGCGCCAGCCUCGACACCGCUCCCGCUCACAGCACCGCAGCCGCCAGCGCACCCUCACCAUCAUCUACUGGGUGUUGGGGGUCUUCCUGCUCUGCUUCGUCCCCUACCACCUCAACCUGCUGGGCUACACCCUGACCCACGUGGGCCUGCUGCCCAGCUGUGGCCUGGCCCGGGCCUGCACCCAGUGGUGUUGUCCCUGGCCAGCUCCAACUGCUGCCUCAACCCACUUGUCUACUACUUCUCCUCCAGCCUGGUGCAUAGGGAGCCCAACAGCAGCACAGGCAGCAGCCAAUGAUGAGGAGCAAUGCUGGGGCUGCCCUCAGAGAGAUUGUCGAUUCUAUUACAGUACGAUCUAUAAUCUAUACAUGCAGAAUAAAGUCCCCCUGACAUUAAUAAUAAGCACUGGCUUUGAGGUGUUAAACUGCUGA